GCCGCGUGCCCUCCAUACGUUCAGCACGCAUCCACGAGGUACUUAAAGACCGUCUCUGUGUCUGUUGACCACACUCACAGCCGCCAUGGCGUACGAGCCAAGGCCCUCAACUGACCAAGAGUCUGCACCUCUCUUGCGAGGUGGAGAUGAUGAUCCUCCGCAAAGCGCCCAGUCACGCUCUCCCCACCCAUCUAUGUCCCGAAGAAUUGCCGACGUCGUCCAAGAACCACUCACUGGUCUCACUAAAGUACUGCUUGUUGAAGUCCUCAUAUUGCUCCUCAUAAGUUCCGUCUUUAUUGGCCUAUUCGCUGGUGCACAACAUAAACUGAAUCUGCGAAAUGGUACUCCUGGUGGUGGAGUUGGAGAUGGAGGUGGAAGUAAUACUACCCUGACCAAGACCGCAACAGCUACAGUGACUCACACGACUACUGCUGCAACGACUAAAAUCUCUGGCAUUGUGACUACCACUGCGCUGUCUACGAAGUUUUCUACGGUCUUCGGCACAUCUACAGCGACCAAAAUUGCGACGACUACUUCUACAAAAACAUCUGUUUCUACCUCGGUUUCCACUUCCACUUACACAAAGACAGAUGUUCACACGCACACAGUGAUCGUCGGGCCAGAACCCACAGGACCUCCCGAGAAUCCCAACCCUCCGGCGCCUCCAUCAGAUAAGUGCCUCACUCCGAAUUGCAUCAUCGUGGCUGCUUCCAUUCUAUCUUCCCUGGACACAUCGCAAGACCCUUGCGAAAAUUUCUAUGAUUUUGCAAACGGUGGUUGGAUGGCCUCGCACCCCAUUCCGGGUGACAAGGGUGCCAUCAAUUCGUUUUCGGUUCUUUCGGAACAGAACGCGCACGUUAUUCUCAAAUUACUUGAGGGCGACUCAUCUAUUCAAGACAAUUCGUGGGAUGAUCAACUGCUUCACAAGAUCCGUAUACUGUACACUUCAUGCAUGGACGAGGCGCGGCUUGAUUAUCUUGGCCAGGAGCCAUUACAGAAGUUCGUCAACACGAUUCGGAAGCUUUACAGAGGGAAGACUACCCAAGGAUAUACCAUGAGUCCGAGACAGGGCUUAUCCAACGCCUUGGGUUACCUGCACUCUCGAGGUGUCGACGCACUUUUUGAAUUUAGCAUUGAAGGUGACUCUGGUGCUGACCCGAACAAUAUGAUUCUGUGGUUCAGUCAACCCAGCCUGGGACUCCCCUCCAAGGAGUAUUACAAGGACAAGAGUGUUCUCACCGUAUAUCAGGACGUCAUCGAGCGCCUCCUGUCAUCCUUGAGAGAUGACCAAGUUCUGAGUCAAGAGAACCCAGGAAUCAUCCUCCAGACGGAAGAACUCGAAGACAGCGAGCAUGUCUGGCCCCCCUGGCCAUGGCCACCUUGGGAUGAAGAAGGCGACGACGACGACAAAGAUGAUGGUCGGGAACAUAGUCCUGAAGAUCCUUUUGAGAACGCUCGCGAGCUUGCGCAGAAGGUUGUCAAGUUUGAAACUGAAAUUGCGGACGCGACACUUGACCUUGACAAGCUGCAGCAAGAUCCAUUCGGCACGUACAACCCAACCAGCAUCAACACACUCAAGGCCGAGCUCUCGCAGAUCAACUUCCCAGACUAUUUUGCCACGUUCACGCCUCGUUCCUUCCCAAACCGUGUUAUCAUCACGUACAAACCUUACCCGAAUUCCCUGUCGGAAAUAUUGAAGAAGACGCCAGCAGAUGUCAUCGAGGCAUAUCUUGUUGUGCGCGCAUCGUUGGAGUAUGCUCCCAACCUAGGUCGGACCACUCAGGCUUGGAAGGCUGUGAGAACUCUGCAAGAGACCUUGUAUGGCCUCAAGCCUGGCGUAGUUGGCGAACGCUCCCAGUUUUGCAUGACGCAGGUCGACACUGCUUUGGGUUUCGGUACUGGAAGAUAUUUUGUGAACCAGACAUUCCCUGGCGAAUCAAGGGAAAAAGCGACCCAGGUCAUUGAUAACAUCAUCGAUGCCUUUGAGAGAUCCCUACACCGCAUCGAAUGGAUGGACGAGGAGUCUGCACGUAAAGCUGCCGAGAAAGCCGAAGCUCUUCGCGUCAAGGUUGGCUUCCCUCUAUCCCCAGACACGCGUGAUCCACGUUCCCUUGUCUCCUACUACACCCUCGUGAAAGUACAUGUGGAUACCUUCUUUGAAAACAUGCUCAGUGCUGCCUCCUCCGACAUGUACAAGAUGUGGCAGAAAGUCGGCAAGCAGAGAAAUCCUGACGAGUGGGAGAUGACACCAGCAACUGUAAAUGCUUACUAUAAUCCUCCUGCCAAUGAAAUCGUCUUCCCAGCUGGUAUCUUACAACCUCCUUUCUUCUCCGAGAGCUGGCCUGGAUAUCUCUCCUACGGCUCCUUUGGAAUGGUAGCUGCGCAUGAAUUGACUCACGCAUUUGACUCCUCAGGUCGUCUUUACAACCAACAAGGAAAACUCGAAGAGUGGUGGUCACGCCAGACCAGCGACGCGUACCAGAUUCGCCAGGACUGCAUCGUAGAGCAAUACUCCUCGUAUACAGUAGAGGAUGGCAAAGGAGGGAUCAUCCACGUCAAUGGAAAUCUUACCUCCGGCGAAAACAUCGGAGACACAGGUCUGAUUCAGGCGUAUCGGGCUUGGAAGGCGCAAUACGAGGAAUCAUACGAUGCCGGAAAAGAAUACCUACUUCCCGGCCUUAGCUACACUCGGGAGCAGCUAUUUUUCAUCUCGUUUGCCCGUACAUGGGCGAUGAACAUCAGUCCUGCUGACACAGUUCGACGUGUCCGGUCUGAUCCUCAUUCGCCGAACCGUUAUCGCACAGAAGGCACUGUCUAUAAUAUUCCGGAGUUCGCAGAAGCCUUCAAGUGCUCAAAGUAUGCCAAGCUUAAUCCACCAAAGGAGAAGAGAUGUAUCUUUUGGUCUUGAUCUGCUGGUUUUCGAUGCUUC